CAGUCUGGGACUCUCCUACCUGCUGUCGAGAAGACAUGAAGCCUGAAUGGAUCUGCUUUUCUCUGUGGCUCUUUGUCUUUUCCAUGCUUUUCCGUACACUGUCCGGUGCUAUAUCCGAAGAGAUGAAAAAACAUUUUUGUCCCAGUGGCAAUCUUGGAAUACGCCCAGACUACUGCAACUAUCCUGUCAAGACCGGCCGCUGCAAGUUGACUCUUACCAGAUUCUACUUUAAUACUUUAACACAUGUAUGUGAGCCCUUCAUCUUCUCUGGCUGUAAUGGCAACAGAAACAACUUUAAACAGAAAUUUAUCUGUGACAAAUAUUGUGUUUCUGCAGAGUAA